GCUCUGGGGACCCUGGAGUUUGACCUGCUCUAUGACCCCGAGAGCUGCACCCUGCACUGCACCGUCCUCCGGGCCAAGGGGCUGAAGCCGAUGGAUUUUAAUGGUCUGGCCGAUCCCUAUGUCAAACUUCACCUGCUGCCGGGCGCCUGCAAGGCCAACAAGCUGAAGACACGAACGCAGCGGAACACCCUGAACCCCGUGUGGAACGAGGGGCUGACGUACACGGGCAUCACGGGGGAGGACAUGGCCCGGAAAACCCUGCGGGUCUCAGUCUGUGACGAGGACAAGCUGACCCAUAACGAGUUCAUCGGGGAGACCCGGGUGCCGCUCCGGCGUCUGAAGCCUUCCCAGAAGAAGCAUUUCAACAUCUGCCUGGAACCCCAGAUCCCGCUGGCCUCCCCAUCCGCCAUGUCGGCCGCACUGCGAGGAAUCUCCUGUUACCUCAGAGAGCUGGAGCAGGCGGAGCAGUGGGAGCUGGAGGAGCGGGGUCGGAUCCUGCUGGCGCUGACGUACAGCUCCGAGCGCCGUGGGCUGCUGGUGGGAAUUCUGCGCUGUGCUCACCUGGCCGCCAUGGACGUCAACGGCUACUCCGACCCCUACGUCAAAACGUACCUCAAACCAGACAUGGAGAAGAAAUCGAAGCACAAAACGAGCGUGAAGAAGAAAACGCUGAACCCCGAAUAUAACGAGGAAUUCUUCUACGAAAUCGACCAGUCGGAGCUGGCGCAGAAAUCCCUGGAGAUCACAGUCUGGGACUACGACAUCGGGAAAUCCAACGACUUCAUCGGUGGCGCGACCCUGGGCCUGGACUCCAAGGGCGAGCGGCUGCGGCACUGGCUGGGCUGCCUGCAGAGCCCCGACCAGCGCUGGGAGCAGUGGCACACGCUGACCAAUGAGCUCCCAGAAUCCUCGGCCUUCGCGCCCUGAUUGGCCCUGGGGCCCGCUGCUCCCUGCCUGCU